AUGCCCGGGGAAAGUCCCAUCAGUGAGAAGAUACCGGCGACUGCCCUUGACCAUGAGCAAUCUGAAGACUCAAUUGGAAGACUGGAUCAUGGUCUUCGCGCUUGGACCGUCGUGAUUGGAGCAUGGUGCUGUCUAUUUUGCGCCUUUGGUUGGGUAAAUGCGAUUGGAAUUUUCCAAGAAUACUACCAAAACAACCAAUUGAGCACUUACUCAGCAUCGAGUAUUUCUUGGAUCUUGUCCUUGGAGCCGUUCGUACUUUUUGCGGCUGGGCUUGUCACCGGAAGACUAUUUGACAACUAUGGCCCCAAAUGGCUGCUUCUUGUGGGAACCUUUCUCCACGUCUUUGGCCUCAUGAUGACUUCCAUAUCAACGGAGUACUACCAAUUCUUUCUGGCCCAGGGUAUCUGCAGUCCUCUCGGGGCCAGCUUUGUCUUCUCGUCCGCGUUAUCAUGCACCGCAACAUGGUUUGAAAAGCGACGCGCCUUGGCUUUUGGCAUCGUUUCCAGUGGCUCAUCCUUGGGUGGUGUAGUCUUCCCAACUAUGCUAUCGCGGCUCUUGCCUCGCAUUGGAUUUGGCUGGUCACUUCGCAUCUCAGCAUUCAUCAUUCUCGCGCUGCUGGUCAUUGCGAACAUGACGGUUCGGUCGAGAAUCGCGCCUGUUCCGAGGAAGGUCACUCUCACGGACUACAUAGGCCCGUUCUCAGAGGUGCCAUUUGUGCUACUCAUGCUGGCAUCUUGUUGUGGGUUCUUUGCCAUGUUUGUUCCCAUCAACUACGUCAUUCUUGAAGCUCAAGAAGAUGGAGUCAAUCGUGAGAUAGCCGGGUACCUCUUGACAAUACUAAAUGCCGCCAGUCUUCCCGGUCGAAUCCUACCAGGAUAUCUCGGGGAUAAACUUGGACGGUUCAAUGUGAUGAUCGCCAUGUGCUCUUUAUCCGCCCUUGUUAUUUUAGUCCUCUGGCUCCCGGGUACCCUUCUUGCACCGGGUAGCGAAGCCAUCUACAUCGUCUUUAGUCUACUGUAUGGGUUCGCUUCUGGCGCAUUUGUUGGUAUGGUUCCCGCUUUAUUGGGCCAGAUCUCACCCGAUGUGACAAAAAUCGGUGUCCGUCAGGGGGUUUUGUUCGCAUGCAUCAGUAUUGCUUCGCUGACGGGAAGUCCCAUCGCUGGCGCAAUUCUGAGUCGGCAAAAUGGGGUCUACUGGGGCUUACAGGUGUUUGCCGGUGCCAUGAUGGUAGCUAGUGUCUUAUUCUUCACGGCCGCGAGAGGAGCUCUGACUGGGCUGUCUGUUGCAAAAAAGGUAUAG